CUGUGAAGAGGCAUCGGACGCCGGGUUUUCUUUUGACGGCAACGGAUAUGCCCACUUUAGAGUUGCCGAAGUCAACGUCACCUCCCAAUUGACGGCACUGCGCAGUGGCCUCUGUGGUCCACCCGAGAUGCUUCAGUUUCUAAUUCUGGGAAUUGAUCAAUUAGAGGCCUUUUUCGAUUCCGUUGCGGCCAAAUUGAAUAGACACCGGUGGUCCGUCGGUCAUGUGAUUUGUCUGCCUUUGGAGACGGCUUCUUCUGGCUUCUGGGCCAGCCCAAAAUUAUACACCCGACAUUCUAUCCAUCUAUCACUCAGAGCCACACCAGAGCCGAUUGGAGCUGGGAACUGGUGGAGCUUUUAGCGCCCGUUUGUUUUUGUGCCCGUCUUCGUCGGUUGCCUAGGUGAAAUUUGUUUACCCCAGAGAACGCGCCGAAGUGUCGUGAACAUUUUUGCAACCAGCUCGUGGAAAAUAAUUCAAUUUUUCUUCAUUCCGCUGCCGACAACGCUAGCGGUCGGUUGUGUGGUUCGCUCGCUGAUUGGUCUCUCAGUCUCUGUCUCUGUCCCGACACACGACACCACUUCGGCCAGUGGCAGGCGGUUUGAGUGCGCGCUUUCCUUAGUGUCUUCGCCGGAAUCUUGAAGUGGAUCCUACGUUUGGAGCAAAUCCGGGCUAACAUUCAGCUAACAGCCCACAGCCAACAGGAAGAGAAAGACCCGCAGCCAUGGCAGAGAACGAACCGCUGAACGAGACACAGAAGCAGGUGAAUGGUCGCAUCCUGCCCAGCAACGGACACAUAUCACCGGCAUCCAGCAAUGGCCAGGUGCAUGCCAAUGGCAGGAGCCUGGUCAAGACGCCGUCCCUGGCGAAUGGGAACGGGGCUGCCAACGGCACACACAUCGAGGCGCCCUGCUGUCGAGACAUACACGGCAAGGAGCCGCCGGAUGGCGGAGCCCGGGCCUGGCUCGUCAUGGUCAGUGCCUUCCUCUGCAACGGCAUCAUCUUCGGUUUCAUCAACACCUACGGCGUGCUGCACUCGCUGCUGAGCGACCGCCUCACAGCACUGGGUGACCCGGAGGCCUCCAGUAAAGCGGCUCUCGUUGGCUCCCUGGCCAUUGGCACCACAUUCCUCUUUUCCACAGUCGCCGGCUGUCUGACGGACAAGAUCGGGCUCCGGCUGACCACCUUCGCUGGCGGAGUUCUCUCGGCCGGGGGCCUGUUGCUGUCCUCGUUCUUUACCGAGAACAUCAGUGCCCUGUACUUCAGCUAUGGGAUCAUGUUUGGUCUUGGCGCGGCCCUGGCCUACACACCAACUCUUGCCAUACUGGGGCACUACUUCAAGCGGUACCUGGGCAAGGUGAGCGGGUUCGUGACUGCGGGCUCCAGCGUAUUCACUGUGAUACUGCCGCCCUGCCUGGACAGUCUUCUGGGCGGCUACGGCCUGGAGGCCACGCUGAGGAUUAUGAGUCUCAUGUCCGCCUUCAUAAUUGUGUGUUCCUUCGUGUACAAGCCGCUGCACCCGCCGCCGGAUCCGCCCAAAAAGAAGCCAGGACGGUCGCGCAUCAACCUCUUCCUGCGCUCCAUUGUCAACGUGGAGAUCUGGAAGCGUAAGCGUUUCGUUAUCUGGGCUCUCUGCGUACCGCUGGCCCUGUUCGGAUACUUUGUGCCCUACGUCCAUAUGAUGCAGUUCGUGAAGACGACAUUCCCGGGCGAGGAUGUCAACCUGCCGGUCAUGUGCAUUGGCAUCACGUCCGGCAUUGGACGCCUGAUCUUCGGCAUCAUUGCCGACAUGCCCGGUGUGAAUCGCAUGUAUCUGCAGCAGCUGUCGCUGGUAUCCAUUGGCGUCGUGACUCUGCUGCUGCCUCUGACCAACUCAUAUGUGGUCCUGGUCUCUUUCACCCUGGUUAUGGGCCUCUUCGAUGGCUGCUUCAUCUCCCUGCUGGGUCCGAUUGCCUAUGAGAUCUGUGGACCCUCUGGUGCCACACAGGCGAUUGGCUUCCUCCUGGGACUCAGCUCUAUUCCCCUUACCGUGGGGCCACCGGUGGCCGGUAUGAUCUUCGAUGGCACGGGAUCGUACACGGUUCCAUUUGUAUUGGCUGGACUGCCCCCAUUGGUGGGCUCCUCCCUGCUGUUCCUCAUCAAGUGCGUGAAGGAUGACAACAACGCCGCCAGUCCGCUUCGAGCUGUGGCACUGCCCAACGGGGACAUUGAGAUUGCCAGCAAUGGAAAUCAUGUGUCGGGUGGCACCAAAUCCAGCGCUCCUCUCAUGGGUGCGGCGGCCACGAACGGCGUUAAUGGGGUAUCACCGACGGCCCUCAGCAACGGACAUGGACAUGUGGACAACGGAACUGGUUUGUACUCUGAUUCACUUUGCCUUCCCAGCGACGACUUCGGUCAGCGCCGGCCUAGUAUUACUGCUCGCUCCGCCUUGGGCUCAGCCCCAGCCCAGACCCCGGUUCUCGAUCCUCCCUGUAGCUCGAAUUAUACUAACUCGGGCUCUCUCCUGCCCAGCUGCUCGCACACUGUCCUUCUUGGCCCUGGGUCGAGCAUGUCCAGGCCAUUGACAGACGGGACCGAUACCAAAAAGCGUCGCUAUACCUAUUCCGUCUAUUAACCCGACCGUCCUCCCACACCAUUUCAUAUGCAUAUCCAUAGCUAUUGACUGGUAGAUGUGCUCUCACUCGUAUUUGUUUACUGUGCUUACACUAUUCCAUAGGGUAAUAGAGUUAUUUUUUAUUCGAAUAGCAUGACUAAGACACGCUUCCAUCCAUUUGCCGCACACCCAUCCAAUCCCAUCCCAUCCCAUGCCCACCUGUAGUUGAGUUUUCCAAUGCUUUCUAGAUCUUAAGUCUCAUCGACCCAGAGCUUCUGUAAAUAAAAUGCUUUACGUAAAUAA